CGGAGAGGCCUAAUCCCAUCAGAUCUGGUUUUCUUGGUUUUCUUGGUGGAGUCGCCUGAGAAGAUGAAGAGCGGGGUAAGUUUCCUUUCACGUGUUAUGGAAAAAGGCUCUUUUGUUAGAAUAUUUACUUUUGACCCAACCCAAAUUAUGGCCCAAUCAAAUACAAACAUGGGCCCACUUAUCAUUGGAGGUCAUGAGCCCAAGUUAUUGGAUCCACAGUUAAGGAUGGGUUUAAUAAUUUUAGUUCAUGGGCUGAUUUCUUGGAAUCUUGAUAGUGAGGCCUACUUUCCUAAAUUUUCUAUCCCAAUAGGACCUGGACCUUUCCCCAAAGGGCAUGUUCAAUUUAAACAAAACCCAUUUUUUCCAAAGCCUACGAGAAUAUCAGAUUAUACAUAUAAGGACACUAUGAAAAUAUUUUUUCCUUAUGUAUACUCUGUCUAUUGGCGGUCAACUUCUCAAUUGCCAAGGCAAAGUGUUGCCAAUUACCAUGCCAUGGACGGUAGGGAAUCACUCUACUUCAUGUUGGAGAGGGUGUUUUCAUUGAUGCUAUUGGAAAAGCUCUCUUAUGUCAUAUUAAAUGAGGGGUGGGAGCGAAAACACCAACUAGAUGAAUUAUACAUUGAAGUUGCUUUAUGGAAGUACAACUAUCAAUUUUUGGUGUGUAAUGUUUCUCUUUCAUUCUUGGGGCCUCAUUGUUGCUGGGUUUUUGACCGGGGCAAGAAAAUGAAUCCUGAACAUAAUCAAUUUUUGGCAAACUCAGUUUUUUGUCCUUCUCUUCUCGACCGGCUUUCAGGAGCACCCUUUGCAGCCACAACAGCGACUGUCCUACCAUUUUUUCUGCACGCGAAGGGCGACACUAUCAAUUUACUCAGCUGGUUUUUCGAUCGAGGUCGACUCACUAAGGAGAGAUGUCUCUCCCCUAGCUUGAACAUCAUACAUUUGCUGGCUUGGUUCUUCGACAGAGGACGAGCCAAAAAUUGUUGUGGAGGCUUGUGUUCUUCACCUUGAGGACAAGGUGAAUUUCGGGCGGCCGGUAUUGUUAGGCCUUAGGGUAAUUAAUAAAGAGGGUAAUUAGGUAAUUGUAAUUGGAGUGUUGAGAUUGUAUAAAUAGGAGAGUAAUAGAAGGGUUUGAGGGGGGAAUGAUUUAGUUAAGUGAGCUUAUAGCUCUUGGGAGAGAGCUGGGUCUCUCGAAUACCCAGCAAACUUGUUCUCUUUGUCACUCUAAUAUCAAUAUACUAGCUAUUUCCUAUUGUU